GUGUAGUGCAGUUGUAGUUUUAAAUUAUGGAAAUAGAAGAGUGUAUUGCGGUGUGGCAUUUAUUAAAUAAUAAGAAGAAGAAACUAAAAAGGAGGCGUAUUUUGUGGGUCCAUUCCAUGUUGGGAUUAAGAGAAAGCAAGGGAAUGUAUAAUUUAUUAUAUCAAGAUUUGUUGCAAGAUCCAUCGAAGUUUUUUAAUUAUUUUCGAAUGUCUAUUCAGUCCUUUGAGGAACUUCAUAUUUUGAAAAUCAGACUUGUUAAAAAGGACACAAAUAUGCGUAGAAGUAUUGCAUCAAAAAAACGACUAGCCAUGACAUUAAGGUACCUGGCGACUGGUUGCUCACUUACUGAGCUACAUUAUAACUACAGAGUUGGAAUUUCAACAGCGAGUGAAAUAAUUCAGCAAACAUGCAAGCUAAUUUGGAUAUUUAUGAAAGAACAAUGUAUACCAAUGCCCACACGAGAAAAAUGGUUAGAAAUCGCAGACGGUUUUUUGAAAAAUGCAAAUUAUCCACACUGUUUGGGUGCCAUAGACGGCAAACAUAUCCGGGUUAUAAAACCACAACAUAGUGGUUCACUUUAUUUUAACUAUAAACAUUUUUUUUCAAUUCAACUUCUGGCUAUGUGUGACUCGAAUUAUUGCUUUACAUUUGUAGAUAUUGGAGAUCAUGGCAAAAACAGUGAUUCAAGCAUUUUUAAGAAUUCACAUUUUUAUAAGAACUUAACGUCAAAAAAGCUAGAUUUUCCCAAUCCAGAUUUUUUGCCACAAAAGAAGGAUUACAAAAUCCCAUAUGUUAUUGUUGGAGACGAAGCGUUUGGUUUAUCCUUCAAUGUCAUGAGGCCAUAUGGUGGAAAAAAUAUAUCAUCAAAAAAGAGAAUACAUAAUUACCGAUUGACUCGAGCACGAAGAUUUAUUGAGUGUACUUUUGGAAUACUUUCUAACAAGUGGAGAAUAUUUCACAGACCACUCAACGUGUCAAUAGAUUUUGCCGUUGACAUAGUUAAAGCUUGUACUGUGCUCCAUAAUUUUGUUCGUGUACGAGAUGGAUAUAAACAUGAAGAUACCUUAUCCGUCCAAGGAUUGUAUGAUGAUGAUUAUGUUGCGGAAACAGGAGCAGGUUCUGCAAGAUCAGCGACUAUUAUUCGUGACUAUUUCAUGAAUACUGAUAUAUUACCAUGGCAGAAUAGCUGCAUUGCAGUGUAA